AUGUUUCGCCAUAACAGGUCUGGCAAGUUUGACGACGAGCCGCGACUAGACGAUGUCUCUGCCGAAGACGCUCCGGCAUAUCAGCAGCAGUAUGGAGUGCGCGGCGUGGACAACAGUGAUCAUGGUUUGAUCGAUCCAGAUUCAGGUGUCAAGCGCGGGUUGAAGAAUCGCCAUCUAUCCAUGAUGGCACUCGCCGGUAUCAUUGGUCCCGGUUUGCUUGUUGGCUCAGGAGGCGCUUUAAACAGCGGAGGACCUGCGUCUCUAAUUAUUGGAUUUGGUGUAAUCGGUAUCAUUGCUUUCUCAGUCAUGCAGUCUCUGGGUGAAAUCACCACUCUGUACCCAGGUGGCGGCGCCUUUGUCUCAUUAGCUGAGCGCAUGGUCGACAAGUCCUUCUCCGUGGCCGUUGGAUGGAAUUAUUUCAUCAUCUGGGCCACCGUCUUAGCCAGCGAAUACAACGUUAUCUGCAGCAUUCUCAACUUCUGGGCGCCUGGGGUUCCUCUCUGGGGCUGGUUCCUUAUUCUGUGGACCGUAUUCUUGGCCUUUCAGAUCAUUGGAGGCAUCACGGCCUUUGGAGAAGCAGAGUACAUCCUGGCGCUUAUAAAGAUCCUUGGUCUGACAGCCUAUUUCAUCUUUUCCAUUGUAUAUGCGUCUGGCGGACUCAUUGGCCAGGACGGAGCCAUUGGAUUUCGAUACUGGCAUCAUCCUGGAGCCUUCAACGGCCACGGCUUCCGAGGAGUUGCCACUGUGUUUGUCUUUUGCUCUACCUUUUAUGCCGGAGUGGAGUCUGUUGCUGUUGCCGCCACGGAGACGAGAAAUCCGGGUGUUGCAGUACCGCGAGCUAUCCGUCAAGUAUUCUUCCGCAUCAUUUUUGUCUACAUGGGAUCUGCCUUUUUCUUUGGCCUCACUUGCCCGGCUGAUUCUGACGAACUGAUCAACGGAGGGGCCAAGGCGCUGCAGAGCCCGAUGACGAUAGCCAUACAGAAUGCCGGUUGGAACGGAGGUGUCCAUCUCAUCAACGCUUUCAUCCUCAUUACCUGUCUGUCUGCUGUCAACUCCUCCAUCUAUAUCGGCUCUCGUACCAUCUUAUACAUGGCGCAGUCUGGAAAGGCACCCAAGAUCCUCGGCUGGGUCAACAAGCGAGGCGUCCCUGUCUGGGCCAUUGUCCUCACCAACGCCGUCGGUGCCAUCUCCAUGAUGAAUGUCUCAACAGGAGCAUCAAAGGCUUACAGCUACAUCAUCAAUCUUGCUGGAGUCAGCACAUUCCUGGUCUGGGGAAGCAUCAGCUUCAUCCACAUCCGCUUCCGCCGUGCUUGGACGACGCAGCAGCGCCGAGUAAGCGAUUUGCCGUUCAAGAGCAUGUUUUAUCCUUACAGCCCCUACUUUGGCGUCUUCUUCAACGUCUUCCUCGCGCUGGUGCAGGGAUGGACAACGCUGUCUCCGUUUACUGCGGGUAAAUUUGUGGAUGCGUAUAUUUUACUGCCACUAUUUGGCGUUAUUUACGUGGUUUGCAAGUUGUAUUGGAGAGGAGAAGAUCCUUUCAAGAGGAGCUGGGAUAUUGAUUUGGAUAGUGGACGGAGGAGCGAUCUUGAUAAGAGCGGCAUUGAGGGAGGAGUAGGAGCAGGGUAUGAGGAGGAGGAGCAGACAAAGAGGGUGCCGCUGUGGAGAAAGAUUUGGUCGUCUCUGUAA